AUGUCAAACGCGAUAGAGGAUCCCCGGGUCAGGGCGGCCAUUGAGCACUACCUGUUAGAUCUGGAGAACACCCAGCCGAAGAAUACGAAGCGAAAUUAUCGUCCCAAGCAGGAAGAAUGGAAGGAGUGGUGUCAAGCCAACUGGCCUGCGAUCCCGGACGUUUGGCCGGCCUCGGUACCACAGGGCCAACAGCUACCGGGAGACCUGGUCGAUGAAGGAAAGCUCUUGCUCUUCAUGAAGGAGGUAGUGGCAUCACGUCCUCCAAAGAAAGGAAAGAGGGUCGCCGAUGAAAGAAAACGACACCUCGAGGCUCAGGAAGCCAAGAGGGCCGUGAAAGACGCAGAGCACCAUCAGAUACCAUCGUUAUACCCGACCACACCAACGUGGCAUGGUCCGAGGAAAGAGAUCGCCUGCGCCCUGAGGACGCAGGUGGACUUUCUGCUCGGGAACCACAUGCUGCUGCGGUCCGGCAACCGCCUGCCGAUGGAAAAAGGCGGAAAGGUUUCCGUCUUCCAAAGAAGCGAAGACUGGUAUGAAACGAAGGUGCUCCGCCGAUCGGCGAAGGAGCCUCAAGCUCCGUUGUCGGGCCAGACUGCCCGAGAAUGGACGUCCAGGUUCUACAAGAAGGCCGGGAUCAAGGUCUCCAAGGUCAGCCAUGCGCCUAGAGUGGCCGCGACGCAAAACGCCGACAUGGCCGGAGUGGAUGAAGGCCAGAUCCGCCGAGCCGGUCGUUGGAAUAACGGAGACCAAAUGACCGGCUGCUAUCUGACUUCCCUGCCUUUCGAAUUCAUGAGGGCCGUGGCCGACUUUGACCCUGAAUGGUCGGGGUCUUAUUUCGUGCCCCGGGCCACCGUAAGGCCGCCUGUGGUGCUACUCGUGCAGGUCUGGCCUCAACUCGACAAAUGGAAAGAGGCCCACAGUAGCCCUUUCUCAGAUCUCGGGGUGGAGCAGAACAUGGCCGCCGGCGCCUUCUUGGAACUCCUGGAGUGGCUUCGAGAGGUGCUCCUGCAGGACGCUGUCUUCCUUCGCGAGUCCUACCCCGACCAUCCUAUCUUCCAGGAUCCGGUCUUCUCUUGCCCCGAGUUUGAAGCGUUCGCCAGCAAAGUUCAAGACACAUGCACACGGGACCACGAAGACAGCCAUACCACGGUCAUUCAAAAGCGAUGCCGGUGGUUGCGGAGAAGCUGCGCACAUUGGACGAGUUUGCGCAGGCGACCUACACCGUCACCUUCAGCCCCGGCCAAGGUGCUGCAGGUCAACAUGCGGAGAUCGCGGGAGCUCAUCAACAGAGGCGCCGCGCUCCACGAGAGACGGUCCUCAGGUCCGAGAUAG